UGCGGGUUCUGGGGAGAGCGAAUAUAGUGAAUGCGGGGUCCGGGGAGAGCGGAUAUAGUGAAUGCGGGGUCCGGGAGACCGGAUAUAGUGAAUGCAGGGGCCGGGGAGAGCGGAUAUAGUGAAUGCGGGGUCCGGGUAGAGCGGAUAUAGUGAAUGCGGGGUCCGGGGAGAGCGGAUAUAGUGAAUGCAGGGUCCGGGGAGAGCGGAUAUAUAGUGAAUGCGGGGUCCAGGGAGAGCGGAUAUAGUGAAUGCAGGGUCCGGGGAGAGCAGAUAUAGUGAAUGCGGGGUCCGGGGAGAGCGGAAUAUAGUGAAUGCGGGGUCCUUGGGGGAGAGCGGAUAUAGUGAAUGCGGGGUCCGGGGAGAGCGCAGAUAUAGUGAAUGCGGGGUCUGGGAGAGAGGCGAUAUAGUGAAUGCGGUGGUCUGGGGAGAGCAGAUAUAGUGAAUGCAGGGUCCGGGGAGCGAAUAUAGUGAAUGCGGGGUCCGGGGAGAGCGGAUAUAGUGAAUGCGGGGUCCGGGGAGAGCGGAUAUAGUGAAGAUGCAGGGUCCGGGGAGA